CGUUGCCCCUCCAGUCAGCAGAUGGCGAUGUGCGUCUUUUAGGUUCAGGCGACGCUGCCAGUGUGACGUAUAAUCUAGUGGACGGGACGCUCCUUCAACAACAACAGUUAGACACCUCGGUAGCUUUCUAGCAAACAUAGCUACAACAUUCACUCUCUUUACACUGUUUUGGUGUAUAUUAGUCGCUGUGUAUUAAACACACUUCUGUCGUAUGUACGUGUUGGCCCAUUUAAUUACAUAAUUACGUGGUUUGUCAGCUAGCUGGUUUGCUAAAUUAGCUUAGAACUAGGCUAGUCACUAAUGCUAGCUAGCGAACAUCUCCGACCAUGAGUUCACUAAGUUACUCUCCUCCUGCUAAAGAAGAGGAGGUCUUCUGGACGGAGAAAGAAGUUCUCCUGAAAGAGGAGGAGGAAGAGAAGGAUGUUACAAUACAAAAACAAGUAGAGGGUGAGGCUGUUACCGUGAAGAAGAGAAAGACGUUUCAGUGGAAGAAAAGGAAGACUCGUUCAGAGUGAAAGAGGAGGAGGAUGUUACAGUAAAAGAAGAGGAAGCGGAGAGAAGAGGAUGCAGUUUAUGGAGUGAAAGAGGGGGAGGGGGAGAUGACUGUCACAUCGACAAAAGAGGAGGAAGACGAAGAGGAGGAAACUGGAUAUCUGGGCCCGGUUUUCCAAACGCAUCUUAAGGCAUCCUAUGGUUCUGACGGUGAACUUAGCCGUAAGAUGGUUUUGAGAAACCGGGCCGUGAUUAACACUAGAGAGAGAUGUGACUAUCGUGGAUCCUCUGGGGAGCCUCAACAACAUCAUGAAGCUGACGAGGCAGGUAAGAGUUCCUCCCGAUCAGAACACCUCAAGAAACACCAGUGGAGACCAACAGGGAAGAAAUCGCACUGCUGCUCUAACUGUGGGAAGAGUUACUUAAGAUCAAAUUCACUAAAAGUACACAUGAGAAUUCACACUGGAGAGAAACCUUAUAGCUGUGAUCAAUGUGGGAAGAGUUUUACUCAGUCAAGCAGCCUGUUAUCUCACCAGAGAACACACACAGGAGAGAAACCUUACAGCUGUUAUCAAUGUGGGAAGAGUUUUACUCAGUCAAGCAGCCUGUUAUCUCACCAGAGAACACACACAGGAGAGAAACCUUACAGCUGUUAUCAAUGUGGGAAGAGUUUUACUCAGUCAAGCAACCUGGUAUCACACCAGAGAACACACACAGGAGAGAAACCUUAUAGUUGUGAACAAUGUGGGAAGAAUUUUACUACAUCCAGCCAUCUGAUUAUACACCAGAGAACACACACAGGAGAGAAACCUUAUAGCUGUGAACAAUGUGGGAAGAAUUUUACUACAUCCAGCCAUCUGAUUAUACACCAGAGAACACACCCAGGAGAGAAACCUCAUAGCUGUGGUCAAUGUGACAAGAGAUACUCUGAUAACAGAUCUCUGAUCAAACAUCAGAAAAUACAUUAAUGAUGGAGUUGUUUCAUGAUA